AUGGAGGAGAUUACUUGCAAGUUAUACACUAUAAGAACGUCUGAAAUUUUGGUUGCUAUACAGGAGAAUGAAGGAAUUUUGGAGGCUUAUGCGAAGUCAUGGGUUUCUGGUGCCCUUGACAGAGCUGCAACUCAAGGAUCAAUUGCAUUCACAUUAGUUCUGCAUCACCUUUCAUCUUUUGUUUUUAAGUCUCAUAAAAGCGACAAGCUAUUGCUACGGAAUAAGCUUGUGAAGUCUCUACUGCGAGACUACUCCAGGAAGAAGCAGCAUGAGGGAAUGAUGCUGGAGUUUAUUCAAAAUACCAAGCCAUGUGCAAUUCUACUGGCUGAGAGAAAGGGAGGUUUGUCACUGCAGAGGAGCAAUGUAGAGGAGAGGUUGGAAAUACUGAAGGACGCCUGUGAAGGAAAUCCCUCUCUUUUGAAAGAAGUUGAGAAACUGAAAGUCCUCUUGUAACAAAGGACAGUUGUGAACCAAGACAUUGUGUGUAUAGGAUCAAAACACAGUUAAGAAUCCCAAAGUAAGGAUUACUUUGGUCAUUUUAAGGGGCGAGAAAUUCUAUAACGAGCAUGUGCAAGAACGCAUGGCAGCAGCAAGAAGGAAAGUUAGGUUUGAGUGCAUGAUCAGCCUACUCAUUGCCCGUGUAACAACAAAUGACACAAAGCCCAAAAGCAAAUUACCAAGUAAAGAUAAUCAAAUAGCAACAGAAAAUUGAUGUGAAAAGACCACACUGCAAGCAAGCAUGUUGAUGGGUGCAUGGCCCCAAGGCUAAGAGACCCACACUACGCAGCUAAUUCGUCUUUGCUUCUUUUUUCAAAUUUUUAUUACCGCAUGCCAUUGAUCAAUGUCUUGCGUCGCUGUCCUCAUGAUGACGUGAAUUACAUAAUUAAGAUAAUGAUAAUAUUCUCAC